AUGACGCAACCUGACUACACUUACUUCUUCGUGCACUGGAAGCUUCAGAGGCCAAUCCACUGGCCCAAUAAGGCCAAGUGGUCAGAGGAAGAAGCCGAAAAAGCUGCAGCAUCGGUGGCGGACCAUCCUGUAUCCGAUACGAUGGUGUUUGGUGAACUCUGGAGAAAUCGAAUCCGCGGUCAUCUGAUAGGUCUGCAAGAGGGCGUCUUCAACCACUGGCACCAUGGACGGAUAGUACUGGUGGGAGAUGCUGUGCACAAAGUAACGCCUAAUUUUGCCCUUGGCGCCAAUUGUGCUCUCGAGAGUGCAGUUGUGCUCGUCAACAAACUGGUAGGCCUGAAUCGCACAAUCAGCGAGAACAAUAGACCAGACGCCGGAACCAUUACAAAGUUAUUCAACGAGUACCAGGCAGAACGAAAGCCAAGGAUGACAGAGGCUUUUGAAGCAUCUCAUCUGAUGACUCGGCUGCAAGCGUACGAUGGCCUCAUUAACCAUUUUACGAUGAGGGUCAUGGUGCCCCUACUCGGACAAUCGACAUUCGCAGACAAGCUUGCGGAACUAGUAAGCGGCGCACCAAAAUUUGAUUUUCUCCCGGUCAAGUACCCCUCCGUAGCGACAACCUAUCAAUGGAAGGAUGAAAUCCAAGCGGAGGUCGCGCGAGUUUCUGGACAGUCCGCGGGCAAAGUACAAGGUUCAGUUCCGAAUCAUCCUCGCGUUGCUUUUUGGACAUUGCAGGUUGUCGCGUUUUUGACGCUCUUAUGGAUGUUCAUUGUGCGUAGUGCUCCCGGACAACCAUUGCCAUUGGAUCAGGCUCAGCAGCUGGGCCUGCCAAGCCUCGAAGUCAACGCUUCUCAGCGACAUGUACUCGCUGGAAUUCAGACGUAG